CCCAGCCACCCAGCGGUAUUUAUAGUCAUACAGCGGCGACCAGCAGCACUCCAGGAGAGAUCUUCAUCUGAGCGUCAAACUUGGACUGACUGAGUGACAGGAGGGACAUGGAUUUAGGAUCCAGCUCAUGAGCGCGCGCACGGCACCUCGAGAUUUUUAGAAUUAUGGUGAACCUGGGAAACUCCUGACCCCUGCAGAUAUGCACACCAGUUCAGAUCAGUCCAUCUCCCGUUCCCUCACACCAAACCUCCGCUCUUCAUCACGCUGUGGAAACACUCAUGUCCAGUCCUCAUUGUCCCUGCCAGAGCCUGAGGACUGGAGGAGACCCACCUCUGCUGCCCGUCCAGGUUUGGCUCAAGGAGCUCGUUCCUGCUCUCUACAGGUCCCUCACACUGACCCUGAAAACCUGGGCCUUCCGCCUCGUGCUGCCAGUUUUGACGUGCCCUACAAUCGCGAGGACGGCUCGUCAGAUCAAGGCUCAGGUUCCCUCAGCCCCCAUGCUGCACUGCGGCGACGCGGGGGUCUUGUGGAGCAGAAAGACAUCAUCAUGGCCCACCAGGCUCACAAAAUACAGAGCACGCCACAAGCCCGCAGGAAGGAGUGGGAAAUGGCUCGGUUCGGAGACGAGUCCGUUCCCGCCACGGUGGACUCCGGGGAUGGGGACUUGGAACAAGGUGGCGACGGACAGGACACCGCGUCCGGCGGGCUGACGGCUUCAAUGAAGCAAGCCAAGGCGCAGCGGGCCCGGACCAUGGCCCUCUACAACCCCGUCCCUCACCGGCAAAACUGCCUCACCGUCAACAGGUCGCUCUUUAUUUUCGCAGAGGACAACAUCAUUAGGAAAUAUGCAAAGCGGAUAAUAGAGUGGCCACCCUUUGAGUACAUGAUCCUUGCUACCAUCACAGCCAACUGUGUUGUCCUGGCCUUGGAGCAGCACCUCCCUGGAGAAGAUAAGACCCCUAUGGCAAAAAGACUGGAGAAGACAGAGCCCUACUUCAUUGGGAUAUUCUGCUUUGAGGCAGGGAUCAAACUGGUGGCGCUUGGUUUUGUUUUCCAUAAAGGGUCCUACCUGAGGAAUGGCUGGAAUGUCAUGGACUUUAUAGUCGUUCUCAGUGGGAUCUUGGCCACUGCUGGUGCCCACAUGAACAUCCCAGUCGAUCUCCGGACCCUGAGGGCUGUGCGAGUCUUAAGACCACUCAAACUCGUCUCUGGGAUCCCCAGCCUACAGAUUGUGCUGAAGUCCAUCAUGAAGGCCAUGAUCCCACUGCUACAGAUCGGCCUUCUCUUGUUCUUCGCCAUCCUCAUGUUUGCAAUCAUUGGCCUUGAGUUCUACAGUGGAAAGCUUCAUCAAACCUGCCUGCCAUCAGACGACAUUUUCGAUAAUGAGACUGUUGACUCAUCAGAGCUGGCAUUUGCAUGCGGGGUGAGAAAGUGUCCAGAAAAGUACGACUGCAAUGACACCUGGAUCGGGCCCAAUGAUGGCAUAACACAGUUCGACAACAUCCUGUUUGCUGUUCUCACCGUCUUUCAGUGCAUCACCAUGGAGGGCUGGACAGCUGUGCUCUACAAUACCAAUGAUGCUCUGGGUUCUACAUGGAACUGGAUGUACUUCAUUCCUCUCAUCAUUAUCGGCUCGUUCUUUGUCUUGAAUCUAGUGCUGGGAGUUUUGUCUGGAGAAUUUGCCAAGGAAAGGGAGAGAGUGGAGAACAGGAGAGCCUUUAUGAAGUUACGUCGUCAGCAGCAGGUUGAAAGAGAACUGAAUGGCUACCGAGCCUGGAUAGACAGGGCAGAGGAAGUAAUGCUUGCAGAGGAGAAUAAAAGUUCAGGCAGAUCCCCUUUAGAUGUGCUGAAGAGAGCGAGUAAAAAGACAGGUGCACGAAGAGCUGCACCAGGAAGUGACAAGUACACAGACAUGUCCACUGCCAGCAUGUCAAGGUCAAGAAUGAACUUUCGCAGCGGCCGUCGUGGCCCGGCUGCCUACCUGCGACGUAAAGAGCGCAUGUUGCGCAUCUCCAUCCGUCGUAUGGUGAAGACGGACACUUUCUACUUGAUGGUCCUGAGUCUGGUGGCUCUUAAUACCAUCUGUGUGGCCAUCGUGCACCACGACCAGCCCGACUGGCUGACCAUCAUCCUCUACUAUGCAGAGUUUGUGUUCCUGGGGCUUUUUCUGGCUGAGAUGUUUUUGAAAAUGUACGGUCUUGGUUUCCGGCUCUACUUUCAUUCAUCUUUUAACUGCUUUGACUGUGGGGUCAUUAUUGGCAGCAUCUUUGAGGUGGUCUGGGGCUUCUUUAGGCCUGGCAUAUCAUUUGGUAUUAGUGUUCUGAGGGCGCUGAGACUUCUGAGAAUAUUCAAAAUAACAAAGUACUGGGCUUCUCUCAGGAACCUGGUUGUUUCCCUGAUGAGCUCCAUGAAAUCCAUUAUCAGCCUGCUUUUCCUUCUCUUUCUCUUCACUGUGGUGUUUGCACUGCUUGGGAUGCAGCUUUUUGGAGGGAGGUUCAUCUUUGAAGAUUACACUCCCACCAACUUUGACACAUUUCCAGCUGCCAUCAUGACAGUGUUUCAGAUUCUGACUGGUGAGGACUGGAACGAGGUGAUGUAUAAUGGAAUCCGCUCGCAGGGAGGUGUUCAAUAUGGCAUGUGGUCAUCCAUCUACUUUAUAGUGCUUACUUUGUUUGGUAACUACACACUACUAAAUGUGUUCUUGGCCAUCGCUGUGGAUAAUUUGGCCAACGCACAGGAACUAACCAAGGAUGAAGAGGAGGAGGAGGAGUUCUUCAAUCAGAGGUAUGCAAGAGGAAGAGACGGCUUAAUAUCAGAUGGCAGAAGGAGACCCUACCUGUAUAGAAAACGGGCGAUCCACAGAGGGCGGCCCAAUUUCCCAGAAGACUCUGACUGUGCACCAGGGGCCCCAGAUGAGCAGCCCCUUAAAGGCCCCAGCGCCUUUGUCAACCGCCGCGAGAGGAGGAGAAAAGUUAACAUGUCCGUGUGGGAGCAGAGAGCCAACCAGCUACGCAAACGUCGUCAGAUGGCGAGCAGAGAGGAACUGUUUAGUAGCCCUGCAGAGGACAAUGCUGAAACUCCCACUGUUCCCAAACAUGUCCCUGCCAUUUCCCCGGAGGCCAGCCCGGCUCACCUGCCUGAGUCUCCCAUGUCUGUUAAGAUGCCCCUACCUGAACCCCCAAUGUCAGUCUCCAUUCCAAUGCCUGAGCCCCCAGCUGCUGAGUCUCAUGUUAAUCCGAAUGAGGAGAAAACCACAGGAGCAAACCACCGGACUGCUGGCGGUGGCAGGCACCGAAUGGCCCGGAAGUUUAGGUCCAGUCAGGGACUGGAAGAAGGAGCCCGACACAGGCGGCACCGUCACCGUGAAGCCCGUGUUGAAGCCAAAAGUUUGGACUGCACACAGUCACCACAUGAAGUUCUACAUAUCAGACGGUCACUCAGUCAAGAAAGGAAGAUUAUUGAUGAAAGAGAGGAGAGAGAAGACAGAGAUGAGAGUGAGAGAGCUGAUGGAGAGGGGGGACAAACAAACAUAACACAGCAAGAGGAAGAUGACUCAACAUGUAUCAUCAAUCCAUAUGCAGAAGUUGGAGAAGAAUGCAGAAGAGAUCCUGAACCCGGUAGUGAUAUUCCUGAUCCCCCGCAGUGCACCUGGUCAAAGCAGGGAGAGACCGGAUGCAUUGAUCAGUAUGAACCCCUGAGUCAGAACAUCUCACUUGAGCCAGCUUUAGAGGGCAAGGAGUACACUGUGAGUACCAUUGAGUCAGAGAAACGCAAGAUUUCCAUCAAACGUGACAAGUCCAACCUGGAGGGCAGCGUGGCUAUAGAGAUGUCUGCACAGCCCCUUCUGGGGCUCACUUCCGUCACAGAGAACAGCAAAGAGUUGCAGGGAUAUGACUCUGAGCAAAAAGAGGAUGAAACGGAGGACGAGGAGCCCCCAUUGCCUCCAAAAGCUGUAGUUCCUGACAGCAUGUUCAUCUUCAAAGCCUCCAACCCUAUCAGGAGGAUCUGUCACUAUGUCGUCACUCUUCGCUACUUUGAAAUGACCAUCCUCCUUGUGAUCGUGGCAAGCAGCAUUGCACUGGCAGCAGAGGAUCCUGUGUGUACAAAUUCAGACAGAAACAAGGUGCUGCGAUAUUUUGAUUACGUCUUCACUGGGGUGUUCACCUUUGAAAUGAUCAUAAAGAUGAUAGAUCAAGGUCUAAUUCUGCAUGAUGGGUCCUAUUUUCGAGACAUGUGGAACCUCCUGGACUUCAUUGUAGUGGUGGGAGCUCUGAUCGCCUUUGCUCUAACGAAUGUGAUGGGAAACAACAAAGGCAGAGACAUCAAAACAAUAAAGUCCCUCCGAGUUUUGAGAGUUCUGCGGCCUCUUAAAACCAUCAAGAGGCUCCCUAAACUCAAGGCGGUUUUUGACUGUGUGGUCACAUCUCUAAAGAAUGUCUUUAACAUCCUCAUUGUGUAUCAGCUCUUUAUGUUCAUCUUUGCUGUCAUCGCGGUCCAGCUCUUUAAGGGGAAGUUCUUCUUCUGCACUGACAGCUCCAUGAAAACAGAAAAGGAAUGUCGAGGCUUUUACAUUGACUACAGCAGAGACAAAAAGGAGGUCAAAAGAAGAGAGUGGAGAAGACACGAGUUUCACUACGACAAUGUCUGCUGGGCCCUGCUCACGCUUUUUACUGUGUCAACUGGAGAAGGGUGGCCUCAGGUCCUUCAGCACUCCACCGAUGUCACAGAGGAGAACAUGGGGCCGAGCCGUGGGAACCGGAUGGAAAUGUCCGUCUUCUAUGUGGUCUACUUUGUGGUUUUUCCAUUCUUCUUCGUCAACAUCUUUGUGGCUCUUAUCAUCAUCACUUUCCAAGAACAGGGUGAUAAGAUGAUUCAAGAGUGCAGCCUGGAGAAGAAUGAGAGGGCCUGCAUUGACUUUGCCAUCAGCGCCAAGCCGAUGACCCGCUACAUGCCUCAGAACAGACAAACCUUCCAGUACAGACUCUGGCACUUUGUGGCAUCGCCUUCUUUUGAGUACACAGUUCUUGUCAUGAUCGCCCUGAACACAGUUGUUCUUAUGAUGAAGUAUCACUCAGCCCCAACGGCUUAUGAUGCUGUCCUGAAGCACCUCAACACAGCCUUCACUGUGCUAUUCUCCAUGGAGUGUAUACUGAAGAUCUUGGCUUUUGGGUUUGUGAACUACUUUCGAGACACUUGGAAUAUUUUUGAUUUUAUUACUGUUCUUGGCAGUAUCACAGAAAUAAUUGUGGACUUGCAGUCGGUGAACACCAUCAACAUGAGUUUUCUCAAGCUUUUCCGGGCAGCCAGGUUGAUCAAGCUGCUGAGACAGGGAUACACCAUCCGCAUUCUGCUUUGGACAUUUGUACAAUCGUUCAAGGCUCUACCCUAUGUCUGCCUACUUAUCGCCAUGCUUUUCUUCAUAUAUGCCAUAAUCGGAAUGCAGGUGUUUGGAAACAUCAAGCUGAAUGACGAGAGUCACAUCAAUCAGCACAACAAUUUUAAGACCUUUUUCAGUGCACUGAUGCUUCUGUUCAGGAGUGCAACAGGGGAAUCCUGGCAGGAGAUUAUGCUCUCCUGUCUGUCUGGACAGGAGUGUGAACCAGACCCCUCCAUUGCCCCCCUCACCAUGUCUCCAGACCAUGAGGGCGGGUGUGGGACCGACUUCGCCUACUGCUACUUUGUCUCCUUCAUCUUCUUCAGCUCUUUUCUGAUGCUGAAUCUGUUUGUGGCUGUUAUUAUGGAUAACUUUGAGUACCUGACACGAGACUCCUCUAUCCUGGGCCCUCACCACCUGGAUGAGUUUGUCAGAAUAUGGGGCGAGUAUGAUAGACUGGCAUGUGGCCGGAUUCAUUACACAGCUAUGUACGAGAUGUUGACCCACAUGUCUCCGCCUCUCGGCUUGGGUAAAAAAUGUCCGGCUAAGAUUGCCUACAAGAGGUUGGUGUUGAUGAAUAUGCCUGUUGAUGAGGACAUGACCGUCCACUUUACCUCCACUCUAAUGUCACUCAUCCGCACAGCUUUAGACAUAAAGAUAGCUCGAGGCGGUGAGGACCGUAUUGCUUUAGAUGCUGAGCUGCAGAAGGAGAUCAGUAUAAUUUGGCCGUAUCUGCCGCAGAAGACCUUGGACCUACUGGUACCCAUCAACAAAGAUACCGACAUGACAGUAGGAAAGAUCUACGCUUCAAUGAUGAUAAUGGACUACUUCAAACAGAACAAAGCAAAGAAACUCAGGCAACAGCUGGAAGCCCAGAAGAGCAACUUGAUCUUUAAACGUCUGGAUGCCUCCACCCUGCCUGAGGACAUCCUGUCCAACACCACCCCCCUGCCACUGAUGGCUCACAGUGCGGGCUCUGCCCUAACCAGAGGAGGCUUUGUGGCUUUGAGUCCUAUCUCUCCCCAGGAGCUAUUUUUGCAGCCCAUAAGCUCAGACAUCGAUGCCAGUCAACAGCAAAAUGUGGAAGGGGAGGCUACAAGCGGCUCCAUGAAGCGUUCAGUAUCCACGGUUGCAGAUCAACGUGUAAAUGGUCUCUGGGAGGAGGAAAAAAGCCCCGAAAGAGUGUACCGACCUCGACACAAAAGCUACAAGGCUGCUGUGUCCCGAUCUGAGCAUAGGGAGCGUGGUCGAUCUAAGGAGCAUUGCCACCUCUUGUCUCCAGACAACUCAGAGGAAAGAAGCUUACAGCCCUCACGUUCCUCCAGCGUAGACCCAGCUCUUCCUCAGGAUAAACAGAGUAACAGCUCAGACAGCCCAGUGCCCUCCACUUCAGAGUCCAGCACACCCAGUGGCCGACGACCUCUCUCACAAACGCCCACCCGAUCUCGCCCUCAUAUCUCCUAUUCCCCACUCGUGUGUCGCACAAAAGUCUCCGUCGGAGACGAUGAUGAUGAACAAGGCAGCCCAGAGUCCACAAGGAGAGGCAAGGCUUCAUGGGAGACCCAAGAAGGAGCUACAGGGGAGAGGCGGAGCCAUCUUGACAUAAACGCAUCUCCACCUCGACGCUACCCUUCAGAGCCUUUCCUGACCUCACAAGAGGAUGACCACAGCCCGGACCCCUCUGGUCCCAUGGAGACGUUGACCUUUGAAGCAGCAGUGGCCUGCAGCCUUGGACGCUCAAACACCAUUGGCUCAGCCCAUCCACGCUGGCGGACCGGCUGGCAGGUCCCCAACGGACAUUUUAGGAAACGCCUGAUGCAGACAGCCUCAGCUGCAGGCUGCGACCCCCUGAGUGACACAGAGGAGGAUGACAGGUGCUAGAAAUGGACAUUGGCACCAGGACCGAAAGUUAAUUUUUCUUCUUGCAUCAACAAAAUUGGGAAUGAUGGGGAGAAGAAAAAAAAAACACACAAUGUCAAAGACCUUAACACUUCCUGAAGCUGUAGAUGCCAACAUACGAAGACUACUGACAAUCAAUAAGGUCUAUUUCCUGACUUCUACUUGAUGAUACAGAGUAAUAAUGCAUCUCAAGUUGUCACUAAGUACAGAAAUAACUGAAAGGAAUGGACUGGGUCAUGCCAUUUGUGUCAAUAGGUAAUUUCAUUUCUGCAGUUGUUUUUAACAGAUUAUGCGUUGCUCUAAAAGUUAUUCAUUUAUCUGUGGGGUGUGUGAGUAUGCAACUAGGUUUUGUUAUGACUUUUGUAAAUAAAUUGUAAUCAUUUGCCAUCUAUUAGAACAGGUUCGAUGCAACAAGCCAUCGUAAAGAGGCAAUCUAAAACUUUGCCAGGCAAUGAUAUAUUUAAUAAUAAAACUCUAACAAUGCUGGAUUUUUUUACUAUGUGAAUGAAUGUGAAUAAGUCAGCUGUCUAAUUUCCCUUCUUUAUUUUUUGUUUUGGUAUUAAACAUUGUAAUUUCGAAGAUGGGGGGAUAAGAUUACAGUAAUAGGACAUCUUAGAAAGAAUAAUUUGUGAUUUCACUCAAUGCUAUUAAAUCAUGCAAUCACCAAACCUCAGACCUUAAAAUGUUGUCAGUUAUACAUCAUUUAGUUCAUUUAAUCCCUUUAAACCGUUUGAACUUUGGGGGAAAAGACUCUGCGUGGCUUAAAACUAACACUGCAUAUCAUGUGAAACUUAAAUUUGCAGCAACGUACUAAAGGGAUGUCUUUCCUCAACCUCUGAGCAUCUCAAAAAACUCCAGAGUGCAGAAUCACCACAUAAUUAUAAGAAAACUGAUCUUCUGUAUCUGCUAUCGUGAACACUACAUAAAGACUGUGAAACAUGAACUUUAGAAACCUUUAAGGUACACCAUGACAUACUACAAUACGUUUGCAAAUAAUGUACAGAGAACAUAUGCUGUUUAUAACAUUUUAAAAAAAAGGAGGGGGAAAAAAAUUGUCUUUGUUGACAAGUUUUAAAGCUAAGUUGGAAUCUUUGGAAAUAUUCAUAUUAAGGUUGUGUGUUGUUUUAUUUGCCUGACAAAUAGAUGAAAUUAUUGAAGCUCACUUAACCAAAAGAAUUGUACUUUAAGUUCCAGGAAUGCAAAUGCUCUGUGGGUUCGUAUGUGUAAAAAAGUUGUAUAUAUAUAUAAGUAAAA